UUAGGGCUCAUGUAAUCAAAGAAGUUUCUUUGUUGUGUGUAUCUUUACAGAACACAACAGGAAUUGAAAAUGAAUCAGAACGCUCCUGAGCCUUUGGCAGCUGCUGAGACCCUGGCUGAGGUACCUGAACACGUGCUGCGAGGACUUCCGGAGGAAGUGAGGCUGUUCCCAUCAGCUGUUGACAAGACCCGGAUCGGUGUCUGGGCCACUAAACCAAUUUUAAAAGGCAAAAAGUUUGGGCCAUUUGUUGGUGAUAAGAAAAAAAGAUCUCAGGUUAAGAAUAAUGUAUACAUGUGGGAGGUAUAUUACCCGAAUUUGGGAUGGAUGUGCAUCGAUGCCACUGAUCCGGAGAAGGGGAACUGGCUGCGAUAUGUGAACUGGGCUUGCUCAGGAGAGGAGCAAAAUUUGUUUCCACUGGAAAUCAACAGAGCCAUUUACUAUAAAACUUUAAAGCCAAUCGCGCCGGGCGAGGAGCUCCUGGUCUGGUACAAUGGGGAAGACAACCCCGAGAUAGCAGCUGCGAUUGAGGAAGAGCGAGCCAGCGCCCGGAGCAAGCGGAGCUCCCCCAAGAGCCGGAAAGGGAAGAAAAAAUCCCAAGAAAAUAGAAACAAGGGAAACAAAAGCCAGGACAUAGCACCGAAGACAAGUGAACCAGAUUCCACCUCUGCAAAUAUGAGAGAUUCUGUGGAAGGUCCCAAAGAAGGAGAAGAGAGACAUCCAGCUGCAGCCCCUGAGCAGCCAGCCCUUCUCCAGGAGGGGGUCAUCCAGGAUGCACCACCAGAACUGCCGAUCUCCCCUGCUGCCCAAGAACCACAGCCAGAGCCAGAUGGAAAACAAGAAGCCACAGAUUGUGAGGUGAAUGAUCUGGAUGAAGAAGAGGAGGAUGAGGAGGAAGAAGAUGACGACGAUGAUUUGGAGGAAGACGGGGAGGAAGAAGGCGACAUGCCGAACGAAAGCUCUGUGAAAGAGCCUGAGAUCCGGUGUGACGAGAAGCCAGAGGAUUUAUUAGAAGAACCAAAAAGCAUUUCAGAAGAAACUCCUGAAGACUCUCCAGAAGGGACACCUGUGGUCCAAAUCCCCAAAACUAAAGAGGAGGCCAACGGUGAGGCGUUUGAAGCGUUUAUGUUUCCAUGUCAGCACUGUGAAAGGAAGUUCACCACCAAGCAGGGCCUUGAACGUCACAUGCACAUCCACAUGUCUACAGUCAACCAUGCUUUCAAGUGCAAGUACUGUGGGAAAGCCUUUGGCACACAGAUCAACAGGAGGCGCCACGAGCGUCGCCAUGAAGCAGGGUUAAAGCGAAAACCCAGCCUGACACUGCAGGCAUCAGAGGACCUGCCUGAUGGCAAAGUUUGUGGAGAAAAUGUCACUCCUAAAGAUGAAUUGAAUCCUUCCCAUCUUGGUCAAGACUGUCUAAUUCUGAACUCAGAAAAAGCUUCCCAAGAAACGGUAAAUUCUUCGGUUGUAGAAGAGAAUGGGGAAGUUAAAGAACUUCAUCCCUGCAAAUAUUGUAAAAAGGUUUUCGGAACUCAUACCAAUAUGAGACGGCAUCAGCGCAGAGUUCAUGAACGCCACCUGAUUCCCAAAGGUGUGCGCCGAAAAGGGGGCCUCCUUGAGGAGCCACAGCCGCCAGCCGAGCAGGCCCCACCUGCCCAGAAUGUCUAUGUACCAAGCACAGAGCCAGAGGAGGAGGGGGAAGCAGAUGAUGUGUACAUCAUGGACAUUUCUAGUAACAUCUCUGAAAACUUAAAUUACUACAUUGAUGGUAAAAUUCAAACUAACAAUAGCACUAGCAACUGUGAUGUGAUUGAGAUGGAAUCUAAUUCGGCGGACUUGUAUGGCAUAAACUGUCUGCUCACUCCAGUUACAGUGGAAAUUACUCAAAGUAUAAAGACCACACAGGUCACUGUAACAGAUGAACUUCCUAAAGAGCCGUCCAGCAGCACAAACUCUGAGUCCAAGAAACGGAGGACUGCUAGUCCGCCUGUGCUCCCCAAAAUUAAAGCUGAAACAGACUCUGACCCCACGGCACCCUCCUGUUCCUUAACUCUGCCUCUUAGUGUGUCAACGACCGAGGCGGUGUCUUUCCAUAAAGAGAAGAGUGUUUAUUUGUCGUCAAAGCUCAAACAGCUUCUUCAAACCCAAGACAAGCUAACUCCUCCUGCAGAAAUCCCUAAGUUAGGUCCCGUAUGUGUGUCCGCUCCUGCAUCCAUGUUACCCGUGACCUCUAGUAGGUUUAAGAGAAGGACCAGCUCUCCACCCAGUUCUCCACAGCAUAGCCCUGCCCUUCGGGACUUUGGGAAACCAAGUGAUGGAAAAGCAGCGUGGACAGAUGCAGUCCUGACUUCGAAGAAACCCAAAUUAGAAAGUCGUAGUGACUCACCAGCGUGGAGUUUGUCUGGGAGAGAUGAGAGAGAAACUGGGAGCCCUCCUUGCUUCGAUGAAUAUAAAAUAUCGAAAGAGUGGGCAUCUGGUCCUACUUUCAGCAAUGUUUGCAACCAGCAGCCACUGGAUUUAUCCAGCGGUGUCAAACAGAAGGCUGAGGGUACAGGCAAGGCCUCUGUCCAGUGGGAAUCUGUACUGGACCUCAGUGUGCACAGAAAGCCUGGUAGCGACUCUGAAGGCAAGGAGUUGAAAGAGAACCAUUCAGUGCAGCCUUCCUGUGGUGCUGUGAAGAAGAAGAAGCCAACCACCUGCAUGCUCCAGAAGGUUCUUCUCAAUGAGUAUAAUGGCAUUGAUUUACCCGCAGAAAAUACUCCUGAUGUGACCAGGAGCCCAAGCCCUUGUAAAUCUCUAGAUGCCCAACCAGAUCCUGACCUUGUUCCUGACUCUGGUUUCUCUGCCCCUGCCAUCGAAUCAUCUGCUGAAGUUUGUCCUUCGUCACCUCCCCUACAAACAUCUUCCUCAUCUUCUGGUCAGCUGCCUCCUCUCCUGAUCCCCACAGAUCCCUCUUCCCCUCCACCCUGCCCUCCUGUGUUAACUGUUGCCACUCCGCCCCCUCCCCUCCUUCCAACCGUCCCUCUUCCCGCCCCUUCUUCUAGUGCAUCUCCUCACCCAUGUCCCUCUCCACUCUCGAAUGCCACUGCCCAGUCUCCUCUUCCAGUUCUGUCCCCAACAGUGUCCCCCUCACCCUCUCCCAUUCCUCCUGUGGAGCAGCUCAUGUCUGCUGCUUCACCUGGUCCUCCAACACUUUCUUCUUCCUCCUCCUCUUCAUCGUCCUCCUCGUCCUCCUCCUCUUCCUCCUCUUCAUUCUCCUCUUCAUCUUCCUCCUCAUCCCCUUCGCCACCCCCUCUCUCAGCAGUGUCAUCUGUUAUUUCCUCCGGAGAUAAUCUGGAGGCUUCUCUCCCCACAAUAACUUUCAAACAGGAGGAACUAGAGAACGAAGAUCUGAAAGCCAGAGAAGAGCCCCAGUCUGCAGUUGAACAGGAUGCUAUUCAGGAAACAUUCAGCAAAAACUUUAUUUGCAAUGUCUGUGAAUCACCAUUUCUUUCCAUUAAAGAUCUAACCAAACAUUUAUCUAUUCAUGCUGAAGAAUGGCCCUUCAAAUGUGAAUUUUGUGUGCAGCUUUUUAAGGAUAAAACAGAUUUGUCAGAGCAUCGCUUUUUGCUUCAUGGAGUUGGGAAUAUCUUUGUGUGUUCCGUUUGUAAAAAAGAGUUUGCUUUCUUGUGCAAUUUGCAGCAACACCAGCGAGAUCUUCACCCAGACGAGGUGUGCACACACCAUGAGUUUGAAAGUGGGACACUGAGGCCCCAGAACUUCACGGAUCCCAGCAAGGCCCACAUGGAGCAUAUGCAGGGCUUGCCGGAAGGCCCUUUGGAAACUUCCAAAGAGGAGGAAGAGUUAAAUGAUUCCUCCGAAGAGCUUUAUACCACCAUAAAAAUAAUGGCUUCUGGAAUAAAGACAAAAGAUCCAGAUGUUCGAUUGGGUCUCAAUCAGCAUUACCCAAGCUUUAAACCACCUCCAUUCCAGUACCAUCACCGCAACCCCAUGGGUAUUGGUGUGACGGCCACAAAUUUCACUACCCACAAUAUUCCACAGACUUUUACCACUGCCAUUCGCUGCACAAAAUGUGGAAAAGGUGUUGACAACAUGCCUGAGUUACACAAACAUAUCCUGGCAUGUGCUUCUGCAAGCGACAAGAAGAGGUAUACUCCGAAGAAAAAUCCAGUACCAUUGAAACAAACUGUGCAGCCCAAAAAUGGAGUGGUAGUCUUAGACAACUCUGGAAAAAAUGCCUUCCGGCGAAUGGGACAGCCCAAAAGACUGAGCUUCAGUGUUGAGCUCAGCAAAAUGUCACCGAAUAAGCUCAAAUUAAAUGCAUUGAAGAAGAAAAACCAACUUGUACAGAAAGCGAUCCUUCAAAAAAACAAAUCUGCAAAACAGAAGGCUGACUUGAGGAGCUCCUCAGAGUCGUCCUCCCACAUCUGCCCCUACUGCAGCCGAGAGUUCACUUACAUUGGGAGCCUGAACAAGCACGCGGCAUUCAGUUGCCCCAAGAAACCCCUCUCUCCUUCCAAAAAAAAAGUUUCUCAUUCAUCCAAGAAAGGUGGACACUCAUCACCUGCAAGUAGUGACAGACACGCCAGCAGUAGUCACCGCAGACGGACAGCGGAUGCUGAGAUUAAGCUGCAGAGCACGCAGGCACCCCUGGGCAAGACCCGGGCCCGCAGCUCAGGCCCCGCCCAGUCUUCGCUGCCCUCCUCAUCCUUCCGGUCCAGGCAGAAUGUCAAAUUCACAGCUUCAGUCAAGUCCAAAAAACCAAGCUCCUCCUCUUUAAGGAACUCCAGCCCUAUAAGAAUGGCCAAAAUCACUCACGUGGAGGGGAAAAAACCCAAAGCUGUGGCCAAGAAUCAUUCUGCUCAGCUCUCGAGUAAAACCUCCCGGAGCCUGCACGUGAGAGUACAAAAAAGCAAAGCUGUUUUACAAAGCAAGUCUACUUUGGCAAGUAAGAAAAGAACAGACCGGUUCAAUGUAAAAUCUAGAGAACGGAGUGGGGGGCCGAUCACCCGAAGCCUUCAAUUGGCAGCUGCCGCCGACCUGAGUGAAGGCAGAAGAGAGGACGGCAGUGCCAGGUCGGAGCUGAAGGACUUCAGGAACUUCCUGUAGAAAAGCCCCCCAAACAAAACAAACCUUAAUUGACUAAAAGAUAUUGCAUGCUCAACUUAGGAUAAACACUACGGCAAAGGAUACGAAAUCUACCAAGCUUGCAAGACCAGUUGAAGCUGACUCAAAAAUCGUAACACAGUUGAUUGCCGGCUGGCUUCUUGUUGCCCUGGUUAGAGUCAGGCAUCUGCUCCUUCAGUGGUGCCCAGUGUGUGUGCUGGGCUCCCAGGUGACUGAGAUCCAAAGAGAAGGGCCCUGUAAGAUGGGCUAGAUGAACUGGCUCCUCGUCAUGGGACUGUAACUCAGAUGUGAGUGUGGCCCUUGAUUUUGGCACAUAGCAGAGAAGGGAAUGAUUUGAACUUAACCUUGCAAAGCAAGUUCUCUAUUUUAUCAGUAGUUUAUUGUAGAUUUCAGGGAUGACAGAUUCGGAUGCACUCAUUUUAAAACUUUUCCUCACACACCAGCUCUUGAUGCCUUUCUUCUAAAUGAAUUGUAGACAGAGAGAGGCAUUUAGCUGAUCUCUUACCCCCCAACCCCCUGCCCCCUUUUUAAAUCACAAGCAGAUUGCCAGCAUAACCGAGAGGAAACCAGAUUGGAUAUGGACUCUUUUUUUAUGCCUCUUAUAGUGUCAUGUUUAUAUAUCCUAAUGGACAUUAUCCUCUCAAAUGGUUAUCUGGCACUAAUUUAUAACUAUUAUAUUAUGAGAGACUAUGUAGCAAUAUAUCAAUGCACAGAUGCAUCCAGGCCUGUAGAGAUGUGUGUGUCUACAUGUAAGUAUAAAUGAAUUUACAUACCAGGUUUUAUACUGCAGUCUCUAAUAGAGAUUAAAAUAACAAAUUGGCCUCUGCCAAAGUAUAUGAGUAUCAUUUCUCCAUUCAUUUUUAUGCCUCCUCCCAAAUUAAUGACUGAGUUCGUGGAAAAUGGCUAGAUUUUAUUCAUACUGUUUUUUGUUCUCAACUUUAAAAAGUAAUCUACCUCUUAAAAUUUGUAGUUUAAUACUUGUUUAGUGAGUUUGUGCCACUUUAACCCUUUCACUAUCAUUCCCAUUUUGUUACAUUUCUGUUAUGGGGACUUUAUGUUGAAAUGUUGUAUAAAGCAUUUGUAGCAGUUUAAAAAUAAAAUAUUUAAAAUUAUUUAAAUUGUUUUGGACGCUUCAAUUGUAUUAUAUGUGAUUUACAUUUUGCAUUUUUGUUUGCAUUGUUAAUCUGGAGAGUGUUCCUGUAUGAAGUUCGCUGUUAGUUAUUUUAUUGCUUCUUGUUGGAGAGUGCUAUAAAAGACUAUUCUAAUGAAAACAUUAAAAUUUACAAUUUGAUAUACAAAAGGGGUUGUUCUUUGAUUUUAACCAAUGUAGCCUUGAGAAAGAAACAGAGGGGAAUUAAUUAUAAACAAGACUGCUGUUUGAUACUUUCCCCUUCUAGCAUGAAAUAUAUCAUUGGCUUGACAGAUGUAUAAAAAAAUUUUUUUAUGCUAUUGCUGCAUAUACUUUAAUAAAUAGGGAAGAAUUUGAAUGAUACGUUUUAUAUCCUUGUAACCAAUAAAAACUUUCUAAAAACUUG